UCGCUUCGCUCCCCAAAAGAGCUUUCUUUUAAGAAGCGAAGAGAUUGAGAGAAGAAGCUCUUUUCCCCUUUGAAGCCCGAGAUCGAAGUCUCUCUUUCCCCCAUUGAAGCCCGAGAUCGAAGAGAUCGAAGAGAUCGGAGCCUGAAUCGAUCAUUGAUCAUCGAUCAUGGUGCUGAGGCAGAGGCUCCACGACGCGUUCAAGGAGACAGUGGAGCGGAUGACGGGCCCCCGCAUGGUAUCGGCUUUCAAGGAGAAAGGGGUUCUUAGCGUCCACGAGUUCGUCAAGGCCGGCGAUAAUCUUGUGUCCAAGUGUCCUACUUGGUCUUGGGAAGCGGGAGAACCCAGUAAAAGGAAAUCCUUUUUGCCUGCUGACAAGCAAUACCUCAUCACCCGGAACGUGCCUUGCCUAAGGAGGGCAUAUGCGGUGGAAGAGGAGUACGAGGCAGCAGGAGGGGAGGUUCUUCUUGAUAAUGAAGAUAAUGAUGGAUGGCUUGCGACGCAUGGGAAACCAAAAGAAACCAAGAAUGAGGAGGAAGAUGAUUUGCCUUCGAUGGAAACACUAGAGAUCAGUAAAGGUAGAGCAAUUCAGUCUAUACCCUCAUACUUUGGUGGUGAGGAGGAUGAUGACAUACCUGACAUGGCUGACUUUGAUGAUUCUGGGAACUUAGUUGAACCAGAUGAUCCGGCUACCCUCCGGAAUCAAUAUUUUGUUGCGCAUGAACCAGAGGAUGAAAAUAUUCUUCGAACACGAACAUACGAUGUUAGCAUCACGUAUGAUAAAUACUACCAAACUCCACGGGUAUGGCUCACUGGAUAUGAUGAGGUUAGAUGCCUUUACAACCCUGAACUUGUCCUCGAAGAUGUUAGCCAAGAUCAUGCUCAUAAAACAGUGACCAUUGAGGAUCAUCCUCAUUUGCCUGGGAAGCAUGCGUCUGUACAUCCAUGCCGGCAUGGAGCUGUGAUGAAAAAGAUCAUUGAUGUUUUAAUGUCACGUGGAGUUGAACCUGAAGUUGACAAGUACCUUUUCUUGUUCCUGAAAUUUAUGGCCUCAGUGAUUCCAACUAUUGAAUAUGAUUACACUAUGGAUUUUGACCUUGGAAGUUCAAGCAGCUAAUAACAGCAGGCAUUGCAAGGUUGAAGAAUUACAGAAACAGUUGGUAUUUAAAAGCAAGAGUAUACAUUGUACAUGAAAAUAAUUUAUUGUAAAUACAGAUACUUAUCUGGAUUAUGGUUUUCUUCUUUUAAUGAUGUGCUUAUAAUCUGUGCAUGAUAAUCAACUACGCUGAAUAGGAAGAUGAAGCUUCCUUUCAAAUUAAUAUCCAUGGUUUGCUCUAAAUUAGUCAAUAAUUAUUGUCUUUAAUUAGGGUUUUAUUUGCUUCA